UCAACACACAAAUAUUGACUCAAAUCCUUUGCUCAUCGAACGUUUAUAACCGGGGAAAUAUGUUUUCAUUGCUGCACCCACAAACGGAUGAAAGUUUUCUGGACACGGAAUCAACAGUUGAGGAUGUCAUACGAUUGCUACAGAGUCUGCAAAAGCCAAAGGAGGCAGGAGAAGAGGAGGAAGAAGCUGUUGAAGUGGAUCUGACGGGGGAAAGUGUCACAGAGGACAAUUUUAUGGUCACCGAGCGGCAAAAGCCUUUGAAGAAGGUGCCCAUUCCCUUGAAGACUAUAUUAAAGUCGCAGAAAAAGAAAGCAGAUCCCACAGAUGUCAAUAAAGAUCGCUUCACAUUCAUGAGGCAGGUGGAGGUGGAUCAUGAUGAGUGCUCCAAGGCGCGACUGGAACGUGAGCGAGUGGCACAAAACUUUCGAAAAUUGGGCAACUCCGAGUAUCGACAGGGAAACUACACGACUGCCAUGCGUUUGUACAGCGAGGCCAUGGAAAACAUCAAGGACAGCCACAUUCUCUACAUAAAUCGGGCACUUUGUUUCAUCAAAUCUGGCAGAUUCAAGCGGGCCAUUGUCGAUUGUGAUUUCGUUUUGAACAAAUUGGAUGAGAAGAAUUUGAGGGCGUGGCUGUAUCGGGCCAUGGCCUACAAGGGGCUCAACGAUGAGGCCAAUUUUGAGAAUUGUGUGAGAUAUGCCCGCAAAUUUAAUUCCAAGCAAAUGGAGUUUAUUGAUGGAUUCCUGGAAAAGUUGAAAUGA